AUGUCUUGGCUCGGUGUCUCGCUCCCCAAGAAGUUCCCGACGCCAGUGUUGCGUCCCAUGGCUCCUUUCCUGGCUGCCGCUCUGAUCGUCGGCUACGGCGUCAACUCGGCCCAGAACGCCAUGAUGAACUCCGCCGAGUUCAAGAAUGACCCGAGGAACCCGAACGUCAAGGCUGGUGGUGGGCACUAA